GGACAGGAGAUCAAAGCACUCAUUUUACCAUUAGACUCGAGAAUAGCAGUUAGUAGAAAAAAGACCAACUGAUGUAAUACUCACAUGAUACAUACAAUACUGUCUACACUGUGCUGUGUGAAUCCUAACUAUUAGCCAAAAUUCUUAGGACAAUGUCAGAGAGCUGCACAAACAAAACCAUGGAUAGUGAUAUUGGUACACUUCCAGACAAUGUCAACCCUGGUACCUUCCCUGCCAAACUGUGGCGUUUGGUGAGCAACCCAGAAAACACAUCAAUCUGCUGGGACCAGCUGGGUGAGACCAUCCUAAUUAAUGAAGAACUCUUCAAGUCCCAGAUCUUGUCUCCUUCCCCCAGGGUUUCAGACAACCCUGACUCCUUCAAAACUACCAAAUUCUGUAGCUUUGUGCGUCAGCUAAACCUGUACGGCUUCAAGAAAAACAUUCGAACUGUCAAAGUGAACAUACCAUUUGAAAAUGAAACAUAUCACUGUUUUUACCAUAAAAAUUUCAACCGAAACCGUCCUGAGCUUAUUGCAGAUCUGAAGAGACUCACUGCUGAUAACAAGGCUAAACUGAGUGCUGGACUGAAAGUCAGUCACAGACCGUGGACCAGGUGCAGUGGAAGUGGCGAAUGCAAAAACAAAAAAAGGACUACAGUAGUGACUCCAACUCAUCCUUAUUGUUCAGAUAAAGCACAGGCCGCAACAACAAACAAUUCAACUCCAGUCUACCCAUUAUACCUGAUGAACAGCAGCAACAACGCUGCAGCGCUGCCAGAAAUACCAGUUCCUUUAAACCAGCAAAACACAGCAGUUUCAUGCUCAGGUCCUGUGCACAUUCAGCAGUCUUUUCCAACCUACUCAAACCACGGGAUCCCAAAUUUCAGCAGCUAUGAUGUCCAAACAGCUCAGGACCCAGCUGGCCUUUAUUCUCCAUGUUUCCAGUACUACCCUGCCAACAUCUUAACAUCCCACAUGGCAGGAAGUGGACUUCAGUUGAGGCCAUUUGCUCCCUAUCACUGCUAUCAGAUGGCUGAAAAAUUGAUGCCACCUCCAACCAACAGCUUAUCUGUUAAACUUCCGAACCCAGAGACAGCAGAUAAUGGGUUUCAUCACAUCAACCAGGAAAUCAUCACGGACAAUUACCUGUCACAUGACACACACAGGAUGGACAGUGGUGGUCCAAAGAGCACUGAGGUUUUAGACGUCAAGCAUGGAGACCCCGCUCGCUUUGAUUCAAGCAUGGCUCCCGACAGCAGCACGAGCACUCCAAUGCAGGCCUGUACCAGGAAGGCUUGAUGAGAUCUUUUUUCUUUUCUUCAGUUUUUUUUUAUCCUUUCAUGUGAUUUGUCAUUUUAAAGUUUUAAAGUAUGUCGUCAAUAAUGUUUGCAUUUGUAUUCAAUUUUAUUGUGUCUUUGGUUUGGAUAUGAAUCUCUGAUGCGUCACUUUAAAGAUGCCUUGACUGUUGUCUUUUUCAGACAUGUUGUCAAAAAGUAAACCAAUCAUGUGUAUUUUUGAAGAAGGCAAAAAUAAUAAAUUUUUAACAAUUUACAAUUAACUGAAUCUAUACAAAAUAUACUGUUUGAGGGUUACUGCGGCCGAAGGUUAAUCAUACUCAUCAUUAGAAAGAUCUCAGCAGUGAGUCAUCACUUUUCAAGUGUACUUUGACCACAUUACAUUCAUAAAGGUCAGCUGUGGUUGGAUACACUGUUGCCUGUUUGAUUGGUCUAGCUGCGACUAGAGUUGCUGUGAAAGAAUAACGAGUCAAAUGUCGCAGGUGAAAUUGUAACCAUGGUGAUCUACAACAAUAACUUAAAGCUGGAAGAAACACUGUUAUCUAAGGGUUUCUUUUUUAUUUAGACCAAUAUAAUACUUAAGAAAAACACACACUGUGACCUGAUGUCUUUGAGAAGAUCUGCAAUUUACCUGGUGGAAAGAAAAUACACAAUACUAUGUAUAUCUGUUAUCUUCUGAUGACGUUGUGGCAAAUAAAGUACAGUAAAUGAUA